CUGACACCGGUCAUACAGGGACCUAACAGCCCCUAUCAGAGGGCCUGGUACCCCAUACUCCCGGAGUACCCCCCCACAGGGCCCCCCGAGGGACGCGGUCAAACGCCUUCUCCAAAUCCACAAAACACAUGUAGACUGGUAGGGCAAAUUCCCACGCACCCUCCAGGAUCCCCUAAGGGUAUAGAGCUGGUCCAGUGUUCCAUGGCCAGGACGAAAACCACAUUGCUCCUCCUGAAUCAUCUGAGGUUCAACAAUCCGACGGAUCCUCCUCUCCAGAACCCCUGAAUAGACCUGACCAGGAAGGCUCAGGAGUGUGAUCCCCCUGUAGAUGGAACACACCCUGCGGUCCCCCUUUUUAAAUAAGGGGACCACCACCCCGGUCUGCCAGUCCAAUGGGACUGCCCCCGAUGUCCACACGAUAUUGCAGAGCCGCGUCAGCCAACACAGCCCCACAACAUCCAGAGCCUUAAGGAACUCCGGGUGGAUCUCAUCCACCCCUGGAGCCUUGCUACAGAGGAGCUUUUUAACCACCUCAGUGACCUCAGCACCAGAGAUUUGAGAGGCCAACCCAAAGUCCCCAGACUCUGCUUCCUCACUGGAAGACAUGUCGGUGGGAUUGAGGAGGUCUUCGAAGUAUUCUGCCCACCAAUCCACAACGUCCUGAGUAGAGGUCAGCAACACACCGUCCCCACUAUAGAUAGUGUUGGUAGCGCACUGCUUUCCCCCCCUGAGGUGCAGGAUGGUGGACCAGAAUCUCCUCGAAGCCAUACGGAAGUCUUGCUCCAUGGUCUCACCGAACUCCUCCCAUGCCCGGGUGUUUGCCUCGGCGACCACCCGAGCCGCGUUCCGCUUGGACUGCCAGUACCCGUCAGCUGCCUCUGGAGUCCUACAGGCCAAAAAGACCUGAUAGGACUAUUUCUUCAGCUUAACAGCAUCCCUAACCGCCGGUGUCCACCAGCGGGUUCGGGGGUUGCCACCACGACAGGCACAGACGAUCCUGCGACCACAGCUCCGGUCGGCCGCCUCAACAACGGAGGCACGGAACAGGGUCCAUUCAGACUCAAUGUCCCCCGCCUCCCCCGGAACAUUUUGGAAGUUCUGUCGGAGGGCGGAAUUGAAGCUCCUUCUGAUAGGAAACUCUGCCAGACGUUCCCAGCAGACCCUCACGAUACAUUUGGGCCUGCCUGGUCUGCCCGGCAUCCUCCCCCACCAUCUGAGCCAACUUACCACCAGGUAGUGGUCAGUUGACAGCUCCGCCCCUCUCCACCCGAGUGUCCAAGACAUGCGGCCGCAGGUCAGAUGAAACAAUAACAAAGUCGAUCAUCGAGCUGCGGCCUAAGGUAUCCUGGUGCCAAGAGCACAUAUGGACACCUUUAUGUCUGAACAUGGUGUUCAUUAUGGACAAUCCAUGACUGGCACAGAAGUCCAAUAACAAAACACCACUUGAAUUCAGAUCAGGGGGGCCGUUCCUCCCAACCACACCUCUCCAGGUCUCACUGUCGUUGCCCACAUGAGCGUUAAAGUCCCCCAGCAGAACGAGGGAGUCACCGGAAGGAGCGCUUUCCAGCACCCCCUCCAAGGUCUCCAAAAAGGGUGGGUAGUCUGAACUGUAGUUUGGUGCAUAAGCACAGACCACAGUCAGAACCCAUCCCCCCACACGUAGGCGGAGGGAGGUUACCCUCUCAUUCACUGGGGUAAACCCCAACGUACAGGCACCAAAAUGGGGGCAACUAGUAUGCCCACCCCUGCUCGGCACCUCUCAGUGGGAGCAACUUCAGAGUGGUAGAAAGUCCAAGCCCUCUCAAGGAAACUGGUUCCAGAGCCAGAGCCAUGCGUUGAGGUGAGUCCGACUAUAUCUAGUCGGAAACUCUCAACCUCACACCACCUCAGGCUCCUUCCCCACCAGAGAGGUGACAUUCCAUGUUCCAAGAGCCAGCUUCUGUAGCCGAGGAUCAGACCGCCAAGGUCCCCGCCCUCGACUACCACCCGUCACACACUGCACCCGACCCCUUUGGCCCCUCCCACGAGUGGUGAGCCCAUGAUGCUUCAGUGUUUGCAGCAGAAUGCUAAAGAGAGGUCCGAGUCCUCAGCGAGUGCAAACUCAACCACAACCUCCAGUUACACUCUGCCUCAAACAAGCACAAAGAUGUCCAUGCAGGAGCUGGACGAGCUGCGGAAAAAGCUUGGCAAUGUGACGGCCAGCUCUAACGCUCCUCUGCCUGCUGAAGUCACGCGGAAGAUGCUGAGGGACAAACACAACAAGAAGAAUCCCACUCAGCCCAACCCCGUGUUUCCUAACUGGGUCUACGACCGACCAGCUCUCAUUGGAGAUUUCAUCAUCAGCCCCACCCCAGCAGGAGAUCCAGCUGCGUCCGUUGGCACGCUGCCUUUGUCCACUCAGGAGCAGUUUGUAGUGGAGGACCUGCUUUUUGUCCUGGUUGGAGUUGAUGGGCGAGACAUCACGGCUCAGCCAGUGCUGGGGAGACAGAACCGUUCUUUUAUAGUUGAUGCAACGCUGGACAUGUCUGUAAAAGAGCUGGUUAACAGAAUAUUACCCGUGGCAUCGUAUUACUCCACUAUAACACGGUUUAUUGAGGAGAAGUCAUCGUUUGAGUACGGCCAGGUGAACCACGCCCUCACGGCAGCAAUGAGGACUCUGAUGAAGGAAUAUCUAAUCCUCGUCACUCAGCUGGAGCACCUCCAGCGGCAGGGCCUUCUGUCGCUGCAGAAGCUCUGGUUUUAUAUCCAACCCACCAUGAGGACCAUGGAGAUUCUGGCAUCUAUUGCCUCUUCGUUAGACAAAGGGGAGUGUAUGGGUGGUUCAACUCUCAGCCUACUUCACGAUCGGACCUUCAACUACACGGGUGACAGCCAGGCUCAGGAACUUUGUCUUUACCUCACUAAAGCAGCCAGCGUUCCAUACUUUGAAAUUCUGGAGAAGUGGAUUUACAGAGGGAUCAUCAAGGACCCAUACAGUGAGUUCAUGGUGGAGGAGCACGAGCUGCAGAAGGAGAAGAUUCAGGAAGACUACAACGAUAAAUACUGGGAUCAAAGAUACACCAUUGUGCAGCAUCGGAUUCCCUCCUUUCUACAGAAAAUGGCCGACAAAAUAUUAAGCACAGGUAAAUACUUGAAUGUGGUGCGGGAGUGUGGCCGGGAUGUUACGUGUCCUGAUGCUAAAGAGGUUCUGUACACACUGAAGGAGCGGGCCUACGUGGAACAGAUUGAGAAGUCGUACAAUUAUGCCAGCAAGGUUCUCCUGGACUUCCUGAUGGAAGAGAAGGAGCUGGUUUCACGUCUCAGAUCCAUAAAACACUACUUUCUGAUGGACAAAGGAGAUUUCUUUGUCCACUUCAUGGACCUGACAGAAGAAGAGCUGAAGAAGCCGGUGGAUGACAUUGUUCCUCCCAGACUUGAAGCUCUGCUGGAGCUUGCUCUGAGAAUGAGCACAGCCAACACAGACCCCUUCAAAGACGACCUAAAGAUCGAUUUGAUGCCCCAUGAUGUCAUCACUCAGCUGCUGCGAGUUCUCGCCAUUGAGACCAAACAGGAGAAGGCCAUCAUCAACGCUGAGCCCACCGACGGGGUGCUGAGCGGGCUGGAGGCCUUCUCCUUUGACUACAUUGUCAAAUGGCCGCUCUCACUCAUCAUCAACAGAAAAGCGCUGACGAGGUACCAGAUGCUUUUCAGACACAUGUUUUACUGCAAACACGUAGAGAGACUUCUGUGCAACGUGUGGAUCAGCAGCAAAGACUUCAAGCAGUACUCGCUGCCGUCGGCCAAAUGGUUUGCAACUGCGUUCGCCCUACGCCAGCGGAUGCUCAACUUUGUGCAGAACAUCCAGUACUACAUGAUGUUUGAAGUGAUGGAACCCACCUGGCACGUCAUGGAGAACAACCUGAAAAUGGCUUCAAACAUCGAUGACGUUCUGUGUCAUCACACCAGCUUCCUGGAUAACUGUCUGAAGGACUGCAUGCUCACCAACCCUGAGCUUCUCAGGAUCUUCUCCAAGCUCAUGUCUGUUUGCGUCAUGUUCACAGGCUGCAUGCAGCGGUUCACACAGAGCUUGAGGUUGGAGCGUCUCUCUCAGGAGCAGGAGAUGAUGGACGAACCUCCAGCUCAGAGUGACCAGGCUGAGUCUGAGACCAAGAGACCGACCACUAAGUUUUUAUCUGAGCACGCGGACGCCCUCCAGUCCAACGCCGGCAUUGAAGCCACCAUCAGUAAGUUUGACAGCAACUUCGGCCUGCUGCUGCUCGACCUGCUGGACAAGCUGAGCAUCUACAGCACCAACGACUGUGAGCACAGCAUGAUCAGCAUCAUCUACAGGUUGGACUUUAAUGGGUUCUACACUGAGAGGUUGGAGAGGAUGGCUGUGGAGCGCAAUCAGAAGGCUGCAGCGUAACAUUUCUGCUGUUUGUGAAUAAAUAAUCAUUCAGAAAAUAAACUUUUUUUUUACCUGUGCGUCACUCAUAAACAUCACUGAUCAUCAGCUGAAGGGUCAUUGUGUUUUAUAUUAUCUUCUGUGUAAAAUGUCUUGAUCAGCAGGAUUAUUGUUAUGUUUCGUCUCAGAACUUCUAAGUUGUGAAACUUCAUGUUGGUAACUUAUUGUACAGCAGAAAACUGUAUUUGCAUUUCAUUAAAGCAAAACUUUGCUGAUCCAA